AUGACCAUGUCCACCGAACAAGCUCCUGCUACUGAGCCCGUGGCUCCAGCCAAGGCUGCCGCCGACAAUGCUGCUACUGAAAAUGCCGCGGAGACUGCCUCGGAGACUCAGGCUGAGACUGGCGCAGAGACGGCCCCUGAUGCUGCUGCCUCUGUCCCCAAAACUCCUCUCGCCCAGCUCACUACACGGCUGCGUGACGUGACCAAAAAGGCAGGCCACAGUGAGAUGUGGGGUGUCGAUCUCUCUACCGACAGUGCCCAUGCUCCCACGCAGGUUGUUCUCGUCAAGUUCCUCAGAGCCAACAACAACAAUGUCGCCGCCGCCGAGAAGCAGCUUACCUCUGCCUUGGAGUGGCGCCACAAGAUGCAGCCCGGGAAGCUUGUGUCCGAGGCCUUUGACAAGAACAAGUUUGAAGACGUGGGCUUCGUGACUGUUCACCAUGAUGCCAAGGAGGACAGGGAGACUGUCAUUACCUGGAAUAUUUAUGGUGCCGUUAAAGACAACAAGGCUACCUUUGGGAAUGUGCAAGACUUCAUUCGUUGGCGUACUGCCCUCAUGGAGCUUGGCGUUCAAAAGCUCCGCCUCAACGAAAUCAAGGAACCGCUUGCCUUGGACGCCCCGGACCCUCACCAGAUGGUCCAGGUCCACGACUACCUUUCGGUCAGCUUCUUCCGCAUGGACCCCGCCGUCAAGGCUGCCAGCAAGGAGACCAUUGAGACCUUUUCCAUGGCGUAUCCGGAACUACUUGCACACAAGUACUUUGUCAAUGUCCCAGCCAUCAUGGGCUGGAUGUUUGGCGUUAUGAAGGUUUUCCUGGCCCCUGCGACAUUGCGCAAGUUCCAUCCCAUGGCGUCGGGAACCACGCUCGCCACCGAGUUGAAGGACAUCUCUGCCUCUCUGCCCAACGAAUAUGGUGGUCAGGGCCCCAGCGUGAAGGAAGGCCAAACCGUCAAGCUGGUCGAUUUGGCGCCCGAGACGGAGGAGCCGACCGAGGCCGACACUGCUCCCCUUGCUGAGGUUCCGGCUGCCGGGCCGGAGCCCAAGCCUGCCGGGCCCGAGGCCGAGGCUUCCAACGAAAAGGAAACUGCCGCGUAG